AUGGAGACGGCCCACAGACCAGCACAUCUAAUGGGACUCACAGACAGAAUGUGGACCCCAAUGACACCCAGUGUGGUCCUGGUAAAUGGAUGAUAUCCCUUGUAUGCCCCAUGUAAAAUCAACCCCUCUGUCAGCCGCUAUGCCAGGAUACUAGAGGGUGAGGUGGAGCUAUUGACAUAUUGUGCACACCCAAUCUGAUUCUUUCAGAUCAAUGAGAUAUUUCCAGGGGUAGGGGCUUGGGGGUUUAUAAUCAGACCAGGCAUUGGCCUCUAAGCAUUUCUAUGCAUAAACCGAUCAGAUGGUCAUUUAAAUGCUCUAUCUUCUCCUAGGUGCUAAGAGCCUACUAUUUAGCCCUCUUGGCCAGUCUUGAGUUCCUGUCCAUGUGUGUCUCGGCUGAGUUUAUCCACGGGCUCUUCUUCAAACCAGCGGAGGUCCGCCGCAAGCUGCUACUACUGCUGGAGGACAUGGACUGCACCAAGCCACUACACCUCAACAUGGUGAGUGACCAGGACUAUGUAGUGUGGUCAAUGUUGCACUGCUAAUCGUUGUUCCCUACCGAUCAUGUUGGAAAUGAUGACUGAUGAUGUUCUUGUAUCACUAACAUGGAAUACUAAUAGUUCAUUAUUUUCCUGUCCCCUCUCAGUACCUGGUCCUUCUGAAGAAACUACCUGCUGAGGACACAUCGCUGGCAGCUGAAGAGUUUGACUCACUCCUCAGACCUCUGCCGUAAGAAAGGCCUCUGUUUCUAGAUCAAUAUGUCAAGUAUACUAGGCUAUACAGUAGGUUCUGAAAACGGUUUACUUUUUUGUGCUUGCAGGGAUCUUUGCUCAUUGUACCGCCAGGACCAGGAGAUCUGUGCUGCAGUGCUGCUGGGUCUGCUACCGUCUAUCCGUAGUCUGGGCCGUACUCAGGACCAGCAUAAUGACAUGAGACACGUCCAGGGAGCUCUGCUCCAAGUAGUCUCUGGAUUCUGGUCAGCACCAAACUCCAGAUUUUUGUAUUUUGACAUGACAAUAAUUCUUGUUAUUCGUUCUAAAAUGUAACUUCCAACUUUUAAUGGUCUCUUCUAGCAUUUUGGGCAGAACGGGGAAAUGCACAGCAAUUGUAAAGGUGGCAUUAAUUCACUGUCUACUGGCUCUACUGGAGGUGAGUUCACAAUGUUUUAUAGCCACAGCAUAGUAACUUCCCAUGAUAACAACCCUGUCUUAGGUAGAUGGAGAGUAAUAACACCAUUUACUUCCCUCUCUCCCCCUAUGUCAGGCUGACCCUUGCUGUAAGUGGGCGGUCCUUACCCUGAGGGAGGAGGAGCUUCCAGUAUCCGUCAUCCUCCCGUCCCACCUGUCUGACUCUCACCGUCACGUACGAAUGCUUGCAGCCAUGACAGUGGAAAGGUUGGUUUCACUGACGGAACACUCUCACCAGCCUUAAUGCCAUCACAGAGGCUAAUGUCUCUCAAGUUAAAAAGUUAAUAUUUACAUGUUUAACAUGUCUACCAUGCAUGCUGUCUUCCAUCCAUAGACUGUUCUUGCAGAUUACACCGGACAGCUUGGAGAAGAGAAAGAUGCUUCCUCUGAAAUGCCAGCAGACCGCAUUUGAGAAUGUCUACCUGAAAGCCCAAGAAGGGAUGAGUAUCCAGGUAAGCCUGUCUUUCACAUGUUACUCUGACAGAUGUGUUUAUGGCCAGUCCAUCUCACUAUCCCUCUGCUCUCCCUGGUGUGUGUCACAGAAGAGCAGCUCUCCUGAAGACCCGUGUGACGAGACGUUUAACCGCAAGGCCACGCUGCUGAAGAAUGUGUCGGUGGUGCUGUGCUGCAGCCCCGUCUGUGAGAAACAGUCCCUCUUCACCCUCUUCCAGUCCUACAAGGAGAACAACAUAGAGGAGCCGCUCAUCAAAAAGGUAAGGGAAAAUAAUUUGGCUACUGUUAUGAUGAUUUGUGAUACAAGAUUCAUUAAUGUAUGAAGCUGUAUGUGGACAGAGAACAAGGACACAUCAUGUGUUAUUGGUGUCACGAGUGAGGAACAGAAGGUCAGUGUGCCAAGAUAGAUUGGGGGCCACUGUUGCUAAUCUUAGGAUGGGUGUGUGAUGGAAUGGCCUGGCUAGGGUGCCACACGACAGCAAGGAGGUGCAUGAUAUGGUGGUGGAUGAGUGACACUCAAUGAUGGUUAGUAGCAACUGUGUGGGAUAAAAGUAGAUUGGAAGGGCGUUAUAUAAGCUGAGAGAUUUGGUAUGGAAGUCAUUCAGAUGGCAGGCAGCUAUGUCCGUACCCCCUGUCAUUGAAUCCAUUAUUGUGACCAUUAAAUGAUGACUGAAACCAAUCUCCAUCUGUGUAACAUACUUUCUUGCAUUCUGAACUUCUCAAUACCAGAAACUCAUCAUAACAGAUUGCCGUCUAAACGAACAGGAUGCAGUUUACAGCCGAACUAACAGGUAAGCAGACUUUAAAUUUUUUUUAUUAUGUCAAAUUCUGCUUAUCUGUGGUGAAGCUGAGCUGUAACGAACAUUUAAGCAAUAUUUUUAAAGGGGGACGAUGAGUGGUAUUGAGUUAUUUAGUGAGAUGUAAGGAAGAAUAUCAAAUUCAGACAAUGACAUGGUGCUAUGAUUCGAAACAGGGUGUGUUAAGAGUAAUGAGUACAAAGACAAAAGACAAGACAGGAUUGGGCGUAGGGUAUUUUAAUGUGUACGACAUUAUAAAAUAAGUCAGAGGUUCGAGUCCUCACAAUGACAAUAUUAUAUAGUGUAUGACAUUAUAUAAUAGGUUUGAGUCCAAUAAAGUCAAAAGAAACAUUAUAAAAUAGGUCAGAGUUUCAAGUCCUCAAAAUGACGAGAUUAUAAGGUGUGAUAAAUAGGUUCAAGUCCUGUGAUGAAAGAAUAAACAUUGUUCUGGGGUUCGAGUCCUCAAGGAAACAGAAUAAAGAGAUAGAUGUGAAGAGGUUCAAGGCCUCAACCGUGUUAUAAAAGCCCUAUGAGAGAAUUAGUCCCUUGUGAAUUACUCAAAACGGCCAGGAGAGGGAGCAGUAACAUAUUGAAUCAUAACACCAAAGACAAAAUAGGCAAACAACAUUUUAAUACAGAUCAAGAUUGGGAUUUGAUUUAAGUAUUUGAUUACUAAUAUUGCAUGAACUCAUAGCAGUAAUGAAUGGCCUGCUUAGUAGACCGGUAUCUGGAAAAACAGUCACCAUUAAGAGUAAAGUACUCUAAGGCACUGCAUCGCAGUGCUAACUGUGCCACUAGAGAUCCUGGUUCGAAUCCAGGCUCUGUCGCAGCCGGCCGCGACCGGGAGACUCAUGGGCGGCGCACAAUUGGCCCAGCGUCGUCCAGGGUAGGGGAGGGAAUGGCCGGCAGGGAUGUAGCUCAGUUGAUAGAGCAUGGUGUUUGCAAUGCCAGGGUUGUGGGUUUGAUUCCCACGGGGGCCAGUAUAAAAAAAUAAAAAUAAAAAAGAUGUAUUCACUAACUGUAAGUCGCUCUGGAUAAGAGCGUCUGCUAAAUGACUAAAAUGUAAAUGUAAAUGUAAAGCAGAGCUUCAUUUAACUCGAAGAGAGAGACAGGAAAUGACAAAAUUAUUACAGACAAAUCUGCAUUUAGAACAAGUCUCUUGUAACAGUAAUAUAAAUGAAAUUAUGUGCAAAUGGAUGUUAAGUAAAUUAGGAUUUUUCUAUGUGGGACAAUAUCUUGGUGAUUUAUCAGCAUGGACAGAUAAUGACUAUCCUCAAGAUGGUUGUUUUAAGAGGGAUAAAUUACAAGUAGCGCGAAAGUAUAUAAUUGAUAAUACAGACAUAAGCAACCCGAAAUGGGAUUUAGAUUAUAUGAAAGAGGUGUAUAAAGCAUGGAAUUUAAUGUGUGCACAAUGUCUGGUAAAUAUAAUUAGGACGGAGGACAUUACGUAAUUUGGUAAUGGAGCAACAUAAUCUACUUAAUGAGAUCAAACAGUGGCGCGAGGAAUGCAGGGCAUUGUGGUUACAAAGGUUUGGUAGCCCUUUUGAAACGGCAGAAAGAACGUUUAGAGGUCAUACAGGAUGAAUAAACAUUGACAAAAUUAGAUCUACUAGAGAGCGUGUGGGAAAGAAAUAUAAAAUGAUAUUUACAAUAAUCAAACAAAACCAAAAUGUCGAUUUUAAACAAUAGUUUAGCAAAUACAAUUAUGGAAUUUUUCGUUGAAGCAAGGGAACGGUAACAAUCGGGGGAAAUAGAGAGAGGAAAUCCAAAGGGGGGAAGUACUGAUCGAAUUAGGCUUUUUGGUAAAUAUGGAAAUUUUAUUAAGAAUAUGAGCCGUAGUAAUUAAUGUGUUAUGGGUUAGAUGAAAGGUUUUACAACCUUUCAUUGUCUGUGAUGAAUAUGUUCUAUGUUCUCUCUAGGGAACUGGACCCAGCCCCAAACCCCACCCUACUUCAGCUCCUAUGUCAUCAAAGCCACACUGGACUACCUCAGCAAAUGUCACAGUGCCAAUCACAAGUCCCUGGUGGCCAUUUUAUCCAAGACUCCGGUAAAAUUCUGUCCUCGUCUCUCACCAUUGUAUUGCGAUUGCUGUAGAAUGUUCUUAUAACACAAUGGAACAGAAUAUGGCUUAACAAAGUUGAGUGGUUUCCUGGGCCCAGUUUAAAAAAACGUUUAAUCUGGAAAGGAAUCCGUAUUCUGUGAUCCUCUUAUGUUGUUAUUCUAGAUCUCCAUCCAGAGGAUCCUGCUGGCGGUGUGUCAGAAAGCAGCUGAGACGAUCAAUGCCUACGAGAGGCACCGCAUCCUGCUGAUGUACCACCUGCUUGUCAGUCUGCUGCUCAGGGAGGUCAAGGACCUGGGCCUUCGUCCUCCGAGACAUCAUCUACACACUCAUCCACCACAUCAACAGCAGGUUAGGGGUUAACACACACACACACACACACACACACACACACACAGUCUGCUGCUCUCUCUCAGAUCCGAUGGAGAGACUCGUCAUUUUUGCUCUCUAAUAGUUAAUAGUUUUUCUGCCUGUUCUUGUUUUCUGUCAGGUCGGCCCAGUUGGACGAGGUGUCCAGCCGUAGUUUCUCCCUGUGUUGUGACCUACUGACCUCCGUGUGUCGCACGGCCGUGCAGUUCUGUGACGACACUGUGGAGAGCCACCUACAGGUCAUCGUUGGUACUCUCACUGCCCAGGUGACCAACCAACUUGCCAUCUCACAGCAGGUAAGACAUGGUUGUAUCACACGGCCAGUAGACUCUUUGUAUGACAAAUAAUAUUUUGCUCAAAGUAGGUAUUACACUGUUUCCUGUUCUCUCUCUCUUUCUCCUUUUCUCUCUCUGUUGACCCCUCUUUCUGUCACUCCCCUCUCUUCUUCUCUUUCUCUCUCUCUCUCUCUCUCUCUCUGUUGACGUUCCUGAUCGUAGAGAGUCAGGACAAGCUGAAGAGUGCCAUCCAGCAGUUGGAGCCCUUCUCAGACCGCCCUGAGGGCUGUGCAGCAUACACUGUAGUACAGCACAGCGAAAUUCCCUCUCAGACAGGUAAGGGCACCCCUUUCACACACAGACCCUCUCAUGUAUGAACGCUACAGCUGAUUCACACUUUUGCCACAUCCCAUGAGCCUCUCUGUGUCUCGUCCACAGGAGAUAGCCCACUUCCUGUCUGUGACCAGACUGGAGGGGCUGAAGGACCUGAGGAGACAGCUCAACAACAAGAGCCAGAUCAGACAGCUGCUGAGAGAGUGCCUCGGUCAGAGAGGGGGAGGGCUACCGUAGUCUAGAUAUGUUACCAGACCCAUUCAUCUGUAUGUGGGGGUGAGUGUGUUAGUUUGCCCUUUUUGAAUCCUAUCUCUGUACCUCUUCAUUCUAGAGGACCCAGCAGAGAGUGUGUUGGUGCGGCUGGUCCUUAACCUGCUACAGCUCUGUAAGCUAGCAGCCAACCACCCUGGAGGAAGAGACAUCUUAGGUACUUAUGUAGUUUUUUCAUUUGAUCUAAAUUGUACUUUUACCCCUUUUUCUCCCCAAUUUCGUGAUAUCCAAUUGGUAGUUACAGUCUUGUCCCAUUGCUGCAACUCCCCUACGGACUCGGGAGAGGCGAAGGUCGAGAGCUGAAACACGACCCUGCCAAGUCGCACUGCUUCUUGACACACUGCUCGUUUAACCCGGAAGCCAGCCGCACCAUUGUGUCGGAGGAAACACCAUCCAGCUGGCGACCAAAGUCAGCUUGCAGGCGCCCGGCCCGCCGCAAGGAGUCGCUAGAGCGCGAUGGGACAAGGAAAUCCCGGCCAGCCAAACCCUCCCAUAACCCGGACAACGCUGGGCCAAUUGUGCGCCGCCUCAUGGGUCUCCCGGUCACGGCCGGCUGUGACACAGCCUGGGAUCGAACCCGGAUCUGUAGUGACGCCUCAAGCACUGCGAUGCAGUGCCUUAGACCGCUGCGCCACUCGGGAGGCAGGUACGUAUGGUUACCUCAACCUCACUGUUGGCACUGCGUAUGUUUCCUCUCCCAGGAAAGCAUCAAUAAUUGGUAGUGUGAUAGGAAGUAGUUUGGCACCGUUGUGUCAAAAAGGUCUUAUUAUUUUCCUUGACCAUGUGCCUAUGUUUUUAUAGAGGCUACAGGGAGCUGUCUGGGAGAGCUGGGGCCUGUGGAUUUCUCCACCAUCGCUCUGCUCCAUGGGAAGGACCAGCUCAAUGCCAGAGCUGUAUCUCUCUUCCCAGCCGUGGAACCACAGUUGCUCUACAUCAUCCUGAACUGCAUCAACAACGCCCUCACACACCACUGGUACACCAUACAGGGCUCUACGCAGAUUUUCUUUACAAGGACCACAUUUGCUCCUAAGCGACCAAAAUGGAAGCAGUGUAGAGCCCUGCCAUAUACUGUAUCUAUUGGCCCUGAAGUCCAAUGACACUUUCUUACUAAAUCAACACUGAAUUUAGCCCAGGCAAAUAACCACUGUAUUGUCAUACGGUUUUCAUAUAGUGAGUGUGUCUUGACCGAUUAGUUACCGGAGUGUAACUCCAGUUCUAUGAGCGGAGCGGAGCCCCAUAGGGGAGCUCUGCUCCUAGUGGUUUACCCUCUGCCCUAAGGCAGCAUCAGCCUGAGACAAAAUUAUGCACACACCUGCAGCCAAUAGGAGCACAGGUGUCCCUAUAAGAGGGGAUGCCUCCCCUCAAUCAGCCUCCCGAGAUAUUUAUCUUCAGCGAGACUAGAGAGGGUCGGCAGGGCCUUAAGUCCUAUAGGGCUCCGCUCCACUCAUAGAACUGGAGUUACACUCCGGUAACUAAUCGUUCUAUAUCGUGGAGCUCCGCCCCAUAGGGGAGCUCUGCUCCUAGUGGUUUAAGGCGGAGCGUAGCGCUCCAAAAUGUACUCCCUGCCGAGCCUAACACUUCCCAUCGAAACGAAAAGGUCAGGCCUGGCAAUGGCUGCAACCAAGUCCCGCAGUACUGCAACUAAAAAAAACCUACGGGCGUCACAAUAUACUGCGUCAUCGGUUAAAGACCCGCCCCACCUAGUCCAAUGGCAAUGCCAAUGACUAGUGGGCAGAUCACCAGAAUAGAAGCCAUACUAAUCUGUACUAGCAGAUAGAUGUGCCUCAAUAUCCUGUGAAAACACUACCAACCACUAAUGGAAUGACACCAAAUGUCACUCUACAUUUGUGAACGCGGUAGACCGCCUCACUCACUCAAUGGAAUCCCAGAGAUUAGUGUGCAGGAACAAAACAUGGGUCAUACUAAACUGAACAAGCAGAUAGAUGACCUCACAUUCUGUCAAUCAACGCAUGCUUCUACUGUACUGAACCUGUCAGUCAGGAGUCAUGCUACAAAAUAUGUUUUCUUAUCCAAAGCGGACCUGAUGGAAACCUUGUCCAUAGUCCUGCUUUUUCCUCUCUUCCUAGCUCAAGAUCUCCCUUCAGCUAUGCUGAGUACAGACCGAGCCAAAGAGUUAGAAAACACAUUUGUCCAAAAACACGUUUUCCUAACCAAAGCGGACCUGAUGGAAACCUUGUCCAUAGUCCUGCUUUUUCCUCUCUUCCUAGCUCAAGAUCUCCCUUCAGCUAUGCUGAGUACAGACCGAGCCAAAGAGUUAGAAAAAACAUCUGUCCAAAAACACGUCUUCCUAACCAAAGCGGACCUGAUGGAAACCUGUGUCCACAGUCCUGCUUCUCCUCUCUUUUCUUGCUCAAGAUCUCCCUUCAGCCACGCUGAGUACAGAUCGAGCCAGAGAGUUAGAAGACAUAUCUAAGAGAUAGAAACGGAUAAAUGGAGACGGCGUCGACCAUGAUGCUGCUCUACAGAUAUCCUCUACCCCUGUUCCUCUGAAAAGGGCAGUAGAAGCCGCUACCCCACGAGUGGAGUGAGCUCUGAUACCCUGAGGCAAUUGCCGCCCCGCUGCCUCAUAAGCUGUCUCGAUGCCUUCACAAAGCCAGUGAGACAACCGCUGUUUUGAAAGUGGUCUACCUAGUGCAGCCGCACCGUGACACACAAACAACUGAGGCGAUGACCUAAUCGCUGCUGUGCGCUCGACGUAACACGCCAAAGCGCGUACCGGGCACAGGCGAUGGAGCUUCACCUCACUCCUCUCUCUAUGAGGAGGAGGAGAAAAAGCCCACAGCUCCACGGUCUGUGACCUAUAUGAACUCUUAAUAACCUUCGGCACAAAUGCCGGGUUAGGACUUAACACUGCUCUGCUCAGGUCACCAUUGAUGGCCAAGCAGUCAGGUCUCGUCGAAAGAGCACACAAAUCACUGACCCGCUUAGCUGUAGUCAAAGCGAGCAACAGUGCUGUCUUAAUAGACAUCAUCUUGAGGGGUAUUUGAUUCAAUGGCUCGAACGGCGACUUACAUAGCGCUUCGAGUACCAAAGCCAAAUCCCACUGAGGAAGCGUGACUCUAGGUGUUGGCCUAAGUCGCCGCGUUCCUAAUAGGAAGCGUUUCACUAGAGGGUGGCUAAAGACAUUGUCUCUGCCAAACCCCUCAUGACAAGCUGAAAUCGCUGCUGCAAACACCCUAAUAGUGGCCGGCGAUUUUUGCUUAUCAAACAUGAGCUGUAGAAAAGAGAGAAUACUCUCCACCUGACAGCUCAUGGGGUCUACACCUUGUGUAACACACCAUCGUGAAAACACGUUCCAUCUACUGGCAUACAUCUUAGAAGUGGAACUGGCACGUGAACCCUGUAUGGUCCUGAUCACUGCAUCAGAUAACCCACGGCGCUCUAGCCUGUCCCUCUCAGCAGCCAGGCCAUAAGUGGUUGGCCGAUUAUGGGCAACUUCCCUAUCGUGCCUUCCGCCUGAGACAACGCGUCCCGUCGAUGUGGAAUUGGCCAAGGUGGCGCAAUCAACAUCUGACUCAUCUCCGCAAACCAAGGAGCCCCCGGGCGAUCGGGCGCUAUCAGUAUCACUGACAGCCCCCCUGACCUCACCCUGGCUAGCAGUGGGAGAAUGCAGGACAGCGGAGGGAAUGCAUACAGGAGAACACUCGGCCACGGUUGGUGCGCAAAGGGGGAAAGGGGGGACUGCCGGGGGGGGUCGGCCCCGAUUUUUUUUGGGGUGGGGGGGGAAAAAAUUUUUAAAAAUUUUGGGAAAAGGGGGAAAAACCCCCUUUGGGGAAACCCCCCCUGUUUCCCCCUCCCCCCCCCCCCGGGCCCCCAAAAGGGAAAGGGGAGGGAUCCGGGGAAAAUCGCAAGGGUUAAAAUUUGGGGGCCCCGGGGGCCCCGGGGAACCCAAAGGCCCGGCCAGGGUCAACGUAGGCCAUUCCUUUCCCCAAGGUCCCUUUGGGGAAAAUUUACCAAAAAACCCCUGUCGUUGGCCCCCUCUUUCAAAAACCAAAAAAGACCCUUUUAAGGGGCCCCCUUUUUUUUAAUUCCCCCCCCGGGGGACCUGUUUUGGGAGUAGGGCCCUUUUUUCGGGGGGAAAAGGGGGGGGCCCUUUUUUGGCCACCCGGCCCCCUUUAAAACCCCCCAACCGGGGGGGGAAAGGGCACGAAACCCCUUUUGGCCCCGUGGGUUUUUCGGACGGGCCCGGGGGGGGGCCCCAAAGGGCUGGGGAAAAAAAAAAAAAAGGCCCCCGGGGGGGGUUUUGGGGAAAAAAAAAAAUGCCCCAACCCCCCGGGCGGGGGGGGAAAAACCAAAAAGGGGCCCCCCAAGGGGAAAAACGGGGGGGGCAAAACCCAAAGGGAAAAAAAGAUUUGGAAUAAAGCCCCAAAAAGGGGGGUUCCCAAAAAGGGGGAAAAAACAAACCGGGGAAAAAAGGGGGGGGGGGGAAAAAAAGGGCCCAAAAAAAUUGGGGGGCCCCCCCAAAGGGGGGAAAAAAUUUUUACCCCCCGCCCCCCCCCGGGGGGGGGGGCCCCCGGGGGGGAAAAAAAACCCAAGCCGUUUUGGGAAAAAGGAGAAAAAGGGAAAAACCCCCUUUUGCCAAAAAACCCCAAAAUUUUUGGGGGGCCGGGGUUGGGGCCCUCCCCCCAAAAAGAAAAAAGGGGCAAAUUUUUACCCCCCACACAAAAGCAGACGUUUUGUCGUUAGCAUUCGGAGGGCCGUUUGGGUUAUGCUUCUCGGUGAGAAUGCGUAGUCCAAAAUCGGCCUCACCCCCCCGUCUUUUGGGCACUAGGAAAUAAGCCGAAUAUAGCCCUUUGUUCCUUUGCUCCCGGGGGAACUACUGUCACCGCCCUCCUUCGCCAAAAGUUCCGUAAUCUCUGUCAUCAGAGCGCCACUUUGUCUGGCAUUUUCAUCACCGUCUCCACCAGUCCCCUGAACGGGGGUGGGGUCCGGUGGAAUUGGAGGGCAUAACCCUUCUGCAACGUCUGUUCUAGCCAGCGUGAGAGGGUGCAGCUUCUUCGCCACUGCCAACAAUGCAGAGAAAGUGGCUGAGCACGAAGCUGUGGUGCAUCCAGUAGGAAGGACCUGUAUUCCUCUAUGGCCCUUACCGCCACUGUUCCCCGACAUUGAAGUGGUGGAACAGCCCAAGGUGGGCCUCCCGUGAAAGGGAGAGGAACCAUCAAUGCGUUCUGAGAAAGAAAGAGGCGCAGGGACGUCGUUUAAACCCGUAACCGUCGUAUUCCUGCCCUCCUUGAACGCAUCGCGGGUCUGAAUUGCGCUGACCGAGGUCACAGCCUGCGGCAGGGCACCAUCCCCAGCAAGCGAUUGCGUCAUCUUAGGUGACUGCAAUUCGCUAUCAGAGCCCUUCACUACAGUACUCCUAGAAGUUUGUAGUAUGAGGUCUCUAUGAGGUAAAACAAGGCGGCGCCUUGAAACCUUCUUAACUUUCACCUUCUGUGUGUGUUCAACUCUGCACCCCUGGUGGGUUGAUUCACGCUCAGUGUGGUGAGUACUGGCUCGUUCUGUCAGGGGAGCUGAUACUUUGGUUAUACCCAUAACCCUAGUAAUCCGGCCCUCCGUGAACGUAGCAUGGGUCUGAAUCGCAUUAACCGAGACCUUGGUCUGCGAUAAUGCGCCGUCCCCAGAUAGCUGCUGUGUUACAAUGCCUGGGGGCGCCGAUACUCUGGACACCUUCGUGACCGCGGUAAUCGGGCCCUCCGUGAACGCAGCAUGGGUCUGGCUCGUACUAGCGGAGACCUUAGUCUGUGCUAGUGCGCCAUCCCCAAAUAGCGGCUGCGUCCUCAUGUCAGAAUCUGACCGGGACUGCUGCCUUCUAUGUAAAGCACUUCUUAUACGUGAAGUGUGAUGUGACGACCUGAUUGAGGUCUUAUGGAUACCUACUCUAAGUGCCUGUUCAGCAACGCACCCUCGGUGGGCUGAACGGCUCUUAGAGUGGUAAGGAAGAGAGGGUGAGAUUUGAACGCUCUCUGACGUAUUAUGGAAAAGAGGCUAUUUUUUGACAAAGUCAGGUGGAGCCAACUCUUUAUUAAAUACAUCAACAAAGGCAUUUACAUCAACACCCAUCCCUUCAACCGAAGGGUGGGGGGGAACAGUGGGCACGUUCGACACCAUCGAUGCGUCCUCUAUCCACUCCCCCGCGUCCCGUCACGUACGCCUCCUCUUGCCUCCCUUGGAGGGCCAGGUCGGCGUCCUCUUCACCUCCCUCGCCGGCUGUAGUGGGGCUACCGUAGCUGCUGGAAGGGUGGGGCCCGUUCCCUUGCUGCUCGUGGCCGCCGGAUGACGUCGAUUACGCCGCCUCGCCGUAGACCCCUGUCUACUUGGAGGGGCGGAGGUAGAUGGCCUUUGGGAUGGAGCGGGGCUGAGUCGUCCUGCCAACGGCAGGUGCUUGGCCAGCUGUUUCUUCUCCUCCUCUAGCUUGGAAAAACGCUCCGUCGCCUCUUUGACUGCGACCCCAAAGAGGCCGUCGUCAGAGAGGGGGGCGUUCAAGAGAGACGUCCUGUCUGCCUCUUUCAUGGAUGUCAAGGACAACCAGAGGUGUCGUUCCCCGAACCACCGAAGUGGCCAUGGACCUCCCCGCGCAGACUGCGGACGCCUGUGUCAGGUGGAGUAUGGCGCCAGAAAUUCUGGACGCCUCCUCCACCUCCUCCGGUGCCAGCUCUGUCUUGCCCGUGGUUAAACGGGACAGAGAGGCCGCCAAGAGGGCAAUGUUGUUAGCUGCUGCUACAGCUUGGGCUCCCAACCCAUAGGACUUCUCUAACAGCGACGCUGUGAGUCGGUCCUUCUGGGAUGGCAACGUGGCCUUCUUGGAAGAGGGCCAAGGGCUCGAACCCGGUACGAGAUACGCCGCCAUGGCGCUCUCUAACCUGGGGAUUCCCUGACCCUGGAAUCUUCCUUCCACUCUCGUGAAUGGGAGAUACGCUUUUACUGGCGAACGCGCCGCUAAAGGUGCCUCCCACGAGCCCUCAACGUACCUAGCCAAAGAAGGCAUGGCAGGAGCCACUGGCUCUGCCGCCUUCCUUGGCCUGGAAUAAGGACCGCCCUCCAUCAGAUCAACCUCCGGUGCGGAGGGAAGAGGGGGCAGCCCUAUCUCCAGACGUUGCGCAGCUCUCUCAAUGAGACCCGGAAAAUCCGCUCUCAGAGAGGCUGCAGCGAAAGAGAGAGCUUCUGAUCUCUCAGAGUUCGUAUCCCCUUCGCUAUAGGGACUACAAGCCCUCUCGCUCUCCAAAGGAAAGGGGGGCUUGAAAAUAUGAGGGAUGGGGUCCGACUGUUCCAUUGGAAUGCCAGACCCCUCCUCAAAGUCCCUAUCUUCCCCCGAGUCUGCACCGUCGGACGAUGCCUCUGAAGCAGAGGCUAGUAUCGACAGCACGUCCUCAAGGGGGAUGUCCUCCCUGAAAAACGCCCAACGCUGCUUCCUCUCCUUUAAAGAAAGGAGGGCGCAGGAGGCGCAAUUCGGGGGACUGCAGACGCCUUCCUUGGCAUGCUGGGAUCCCAAACACACGAAACACAGGUCGUGGUGGUCACCGGCCGCCAUGGAAGUGCAUCUGCACUGAGCUCUGAAAAUAGCUUUUGGGGGUGGAAAAUCUCCCAGUGUGCUCAUUUAGACGACGUUGAUGACUGGAAUAUCAACGGCGUUUUUUCGUCCUGAGUCUUCGUGCUUCGUCUCUUCUUGGCUCUUCAGUCUAGUCAUCCAGUCGCUGAAGAUAAAGGGAGGCUGAUUGAGGGGAGGCAUCCCCUCUUAUAGGGACACCUGUGCUCCUAUUGGCUGCAGGUGUGUGCAUAAUUUUGUCUCAGGCUGAUGCUGCCUUAGGGCAGAGGGUAAACCACUAGGAGCAGAGCUCCCCUAUGGGGCGGAGCUCCACGAUAUAGAACUGCUCUUAUGUCUUGUUGUGGUCCCAUGUGUUUCUCUAUCAGUAUUGAGGUGAGGCAAGCUGCAGCCCAGAGUCUAAAGGACAUCUUGGCCACUCAGGCUGGAGCUGACUUCUGGGAGAUCCAUAAAGACAACCGUGACCCCGUGCUGGCCUACCUCAACCCUUUUAGAUCUACCAAGAAGAAGGUUGUCGGUGAUCAGACUUUUCAAGACCUGAAAUAUCACGUCCUCGUGUGUGUGUGUCUGAAUUUCGGAAUGUGUGAACUUGUUUGGAUAUAUAUUUGUGUGUGUGUGUGCAGGGGGGUAUUUGUGUGUUAAUUAUCCAUUCACCUGUGCAGGUGGUCGGCGUGAGUGAGGAGGUGAGCUUGGUGGCCAGAGAGCGGCUAGAGAGGCACGACCUGUGGAUGCCGGAGGCCGGCAGCUAUAAGGCCUGGCUGAAGACACUGCACGGUUCAGUGGAGGGGUCAGGAGUGAGGCUCUGCUGCUGUCCCGGCCCCUGUGUCUGGUGAGAGCAUGGCUGUUAUCUCUAGGGCAGCACUUGUGGUAAUGCUAAUUUCUUGUGCAGUCUGGCAUCUCUCGCUAAUGCACUUGCACACACAUGCAUGGCUGCGCGUACACACAUGGUCAAUUUCGGCUCAUCUUUCCAGUCAGAUAUCCCUGUCUCUAACCCAUAUCCCUUGUCAUGUGUUCAGGUGAAAACAGACUUCUGCCAGAGGGUGCUUCCGCUCAUCAUCCAUGACAUCCUGCUGGGGGACUCAGACGGCUCCUGGAGGAAGCUCCUCUCCACACACAUCCAGGACUUCUUCACCAGCUGCUCUAGUCGCGCCUGGGCCUCCAGCCGCUCCACCACUCCUCUCCCCUCAGACUGUGGUGGGUUUUACUCUCCAUCUCUCUAUCUCUAGCUCUCUUUCUCUAGCUCUAGCUCAGUUUUUCUCUCUCUCUGCCUCUCUCUCUCUCUCUCUCACACUCUCUCUCUCUCUCGCUGUGUAUGUUUAACUUUGGAUAAUUUCUACUUGCUUUUUCUCCCGGCCUCUCUGUGCACCCUGCUGUCUGUCAUUAACUAUCUGAGGCAGCAACAAAGACCUCUAGAGUCUGACAGGUUUGUAGAUGCAUUUGCUCUUAUUUUGCUGACCUAUAUGACUAUGAAAUCUACUGCACCCCUCUCUCUGUUAGGAUGGCGUUUGAUACUUUCAUGUUAGUUCUAGUAACUUUUGUAGUGGCGUUUUGAUGCUGUUGUGUUGGUUCUUCUAGUAACUCGUGUGGUAAGGCGUUUGAUGCUGUUGUGUUGGGUCUAGUAACUCGUGUGGUAAGGUGUUUGAUGCUGUUGUGUUGGGUCUAGUAACUCGUGUAGUGGUGUUAGAUGCAGUUGUAUUGGUUCUACUAACUCGUGUGGUAUGGUAUUUGAUGCAGUUGUGUUGGUUUUAGUAAAUCAAAUCAUAUUUUUUGGUCACAUACACAUAUUUAGCAGAUGUUAUUGCGGGUGUAGCGAAAUGCUUGUGUUCCUAGCUCCAACAGUGCAGUAGUAUCUAACAAUACACAAAUCUAAAAGUAAAAGAAUGGAAUUAAGAAAUAUAAAUAUUAGGACGAGCAAUGUCUGUGUGGCAUUGACUAAAUACAGUAGAAUAGAAUACAGUAUAUACAUAUGAGAUGAGUAAAGCAGUAUGUAAACAUUAUUAAAGUGACUCGUGUGGUAAGGUGGGACAGUGUGAUGCAGUUGUUUUGGUUCUACUAACUCGUGUGGUACGAGGUUUGAUGCUGUUGUGUUGGUUCUGCUAACUCGUGUAGUACGAGGUUUGAUGCUGUUGUGUUGGUUCUGCUAACUCGUGUAGUACGAGGUUUGAUGCUGUUGUGUUGGUUCUACUAACUCGUGUAGUACGAGGUUUGAUGCUGUUGUGUUGGUUCUGCUAACUCGUGUAGUACGAGGUUUGAUGCUGUUGUGUUGGUUCUACUAACUCGUGUAGUACGAGGUUUGAUGCUGUUGUGUUGGUUCUGCUAACUCGUGUGGUACGAGGUUUGAUGCUGUUGUGUUGGUUCUACUAACUUGUGUGGUACGAGGUUUGAUGCUGUUGUGUUGGUUCUGCUAACUCGUGUAGUACGGUGUGCCACUCUAACUUCUGGUUGGAGCUGAACUACCUGGAGGUGGCCAGGGAGGCUCAGUCCUGCUCGGCCCACUUCACUGCUCUGCUCUACUCUGAGAUCUACGUAGACAAGAUCAAGACUAACAUGGAGGAGAACCGCAGGUACACUACACAUGAUGGGAAAUACUGACCUUUGAUCUCUUUGGAAAAAUAUACAAUUGACUUAACGCACAUGAACACGAUUCAAAAUGAUGUCUCUUAUGUCAUUUUUUUAUUCUGGGUUCUUCUCAUCAUUCUUUACCUCUGCUUACAGGACUCAGGCCAGAACGUCGCACAGAAUCACAUUUGAUGAGAGCAGUCAGAACUUCACCAUCUCCAGUCUGACAGAGGAGAGUGUGAAAGACACUGGCAUCAGCCUACAGGUUCAGUUGAUUUUGCCUUUAGACUCAAUUAACCUUUAGUGAUGUUGUCCAAUGCAUAGCUCUGUACUGUCAUUUCUUUACCAUGUUUUAGGACCUACUGAUUGAGGUGUAUCGUAGUAUUGGGGAGCCAGACUGUAUGGGUGUGGAGGUGAGAAGAUGACCAGCGCUCUCACCAGGUGAACUUUGAAAUCAUACUUUUGUCCCAUCUUGGAUAUUCAAAGUUUUGUUAGCUGAGAAUUCUAUUUUUGUGUGUCUGUUUUGUAGGAUUCGGACAUAUGAACAUGAGGCUGUGUGGGCAAAGGCUCUGACCUCUUACGACCUCCACUCCAAUCUGCCUGAUGUCACACGGCAAGUGGGCAUCCUGGAGGUAAGCAGAAACUGGUUUCAACUCCAAAUCUGUAUAGUCUCUGUCUGUGUAAACCAUUGUUGGGGACAGAUGACAAAACCUAAUUCUGAUUUUCCAAUGGUCCCUCAGGGUCUGCAGAACUUUGGUCUGAGCAGCAUCCUGGCCACAUAUGCGGGGUCUGGAGAGUGAGGGGGUGGAGUGGAGGGCGGAGCUAAGGGAGCUCAGGUUUCAGGCCGCCUGGAGGAACAUGCAGUGGGAUUGUGACCUAUCAGAGAGGUUAGUGGGAGUGGCCUCAUGACUGUGGCCUAUCAGAGAGGCGAGUGGGAGGGGCUUCUGGAAGACAAGGGGUACUAAAGUAAGGGUUCUUGAGGUGGUAUUUUUCCAGAUGAAAAAAAUAGGACUUUAUGGAUUGACAUUUGCCCUUGGUGUCUUGUCUUUUUGCUUGUUUCAGGAGUGAGAAAUUGAACCCUGGCUUCAACGAGUCAGUGUUCUGCUCCCUGCAGGCUUUGAGAGACAAAGAACUUUCCACAUUCAAAUCAAAUCAAAUUUUAUUUGCCACAUGCGCCGAAUACAACAGGUGUAGACAUUACCGUGAAAUGCUUACUUACAGCCCUUAACCAACAAUGCAUUUAUUUUUUUUAUAAAAAAGUAAAAUAAAACAACAACAACAAAAAAGUGUUGAGAAAAAAAGCUAGUUGAGGUAAUAUGUACAUGUGAGUAGAGUUAAAGUGACUAUGCAUAAAUAAUUAACAGAGUAGCAGCAGUGUAAAAAGAUGGGGUGGGGCGGGGGGGCAGUGCAAAUAGUUUGGGUAGAUAUGAUUAGCUGUUCAGGAGUCUUAUGGCUUGGGGGUAGAAGCUGUUGAGAAGCCUCUUGGACCUAGACUUGGCGCUCCGGUACCGCUUGCCGUGCGGUAGCAGAGAGAACAGUCUAUGACUAGGGUGGCUGGAGUCUUUGACAAUUUUGAGGGCCUUCCUCUGACACCGCCUGGUAUAGUCCUGGAUGGCAGGAAGCUUGGCCCCAGUGAUAAUAAUAAUAUAAUAAUAAUAUGCCAUUUAGCAGACACUUUUAUCCAAAGCGACUUACAGUCAUGCAUGCAUACAUUUUAGUGUAUGGGUGGUCCCGGGGAUCGAACCCACUACCUUGGCGUUACAAGCGCCGUGCUCUACCAGCUGAGCUACAGAGGACCACAGAGUACUGGGCUGUACGCACUACCCUCUGUAGUGCCUUGCGGUCGGAGGCCGAGCAGUUGCCAUACCAGGCAGUGAUGCAACCAGUCAGGAUGCUCUCGAUGGUGCAGCUGUAGAACUUUUUGAGGAUCUGAGGACCCAUGCCAAAUCUUUUCAGUCUCCUGAGGGGGAAUAGGCUUUGUCGUGCCCUCUUCACUACUGUCUUGGUGUGUUUGGACCAUGAUAGUUCGUUGGUGAUGUGGACAACAAGGAACUUGAAGCUCUCAACCUGUUCCACUACAGCCCCGUCGAUGAGAAUGGGGGCGUGCUCAGUCCUCUUUUUUUUCCUGUAGUCCACAAUCAUCUCCUUUGUCUUGGUCACGUUGAGGGAGAGGUUGUUAUCCUGGCACCACACAGCCAGGUCUCUGACCUCCUCCUUAUAGGCUGUCUCAUCGUUGUCAGUGAUGAGGCCUACCACUGUUGUGUCGUCUGCAAACUUAAUGAUGGUGUUGGAGUCGUGCCUGGCCAUGCAGUCAUGGGUGAACAGGGAGUACAGGAGGGGACUGAGCACGGACCCCUGAGGGGCCCCCGUGUUGAGGAUCAGCGUGGCAGAUGUGUUGUUACCUACCCUUACCACCUGGGGGCGGCCCGUCAGGAACUCCAGGAUCCAGUUGCAGAGGGAGGUGUUUAGUCCCAGGAUCCUUAGCUUAGUGAUGAGCUUUGAGGGCACUAUGUUGAAUGCUGAGCUGUAGUCAAUUAAUUGCAUUCUCAUGUAGGUGUUCCUCUUGUCCAGAUGGGAAUAGGCAGUGUGGAGUGCAAUACAGAUUGCAUCAUCUGUGGAUCUGUUGGGGCAGUAUGCAAAUUGGAGUGGGUCUAGGGUCUCUGGGAUAAUGGUGUUGAUGUGAGCCGUGACCAGCCUUUCAAAGCACUUCAUGGCUACAGACGUCAGUACUACGGGUCGGUAGUCAUUUAGGCAGGUUAUCUUAGUGUCCUUGGGCACGGGGACUAUGGUGGUCUACUUGAAACAUGUUGGUAUUACAGACUCAGUCAGGGACAUGUUGAAUAUGUCAGUGAAGACACUUGCCAGUUGGCCAGCACAUGCUCGGAGUACACGUCCUGGUAAUCCGUCUGUGAAUGUUGACCUGCUUAAAAGUCUUACUCACAUCGGCUACGGAGAGCGUGAUCACAUAGUUAUCCGGAACAGCUGGUGCUCUCAUGCAUGCUUCAGUGUUGCUUGCCUCGAAGCGAGCAUAGAAGUGGUUUAGCUCGUCUGGUAGGCUUGUGUCACUGGGCAGCUCGCGGCUGUGCUUCCCUUUGUAGUCUGUAAUAGUUUUCAAGCCCUGCCACAUCCGACGAGCAUCAGAGCUGGUGUAGUACGAUUCAAUCUUAGUCCUGUAUUGACUCUUUGCUUGUUUGAUGUUUCUUCGGAGGGCAUAGCGGGAUUUCUUAUAAGCUUCCGGGUUAGAGUCCCGCUCCUUGAAAGCGGCAGCUCUACCCUUUAGCUCAGUGCGGAUGUUGCCUGUAAUCCAUGGCUUCUGGUUGGGGUAUGUACGUACGGUCACUGUGGGGACGACGUCAUCAACGCACUUAUUGAUGAAGCCAGUGACUGAUGUGGUGUACUCCUCAAUGCUAUCUGAAGAAUCCCAGAACAUGUUCCAGUCUGUGCUAGCAAAACAGUCCUGUAGCUUAGCAUCUGCGUCAUCUGACCACUUUUUUAUUAACCGAGUCACUGGUGCUUCCUGCUUUAGUUUUUGCUUAUAAGCAGGAAUCAGGAGGAUAGAGUUAUGGUCAGAAUUGCCAAAUGGAGGGCGAGGGAGAGCUUUGUAUGCGUCUCUGUGUGUGGAGUAAAGGUGGUCUAGAGUUUAUUUUCCUCUGGUUGCACAUUUAACAUACUGGUAGAAAUGAGGUAGAAUGGAUUUAAGUUUCCCUACAUGAAAGUCCCCGGCCACUAGUAGCGCUGCCUCUGGAUGAGCGUUUUCCUGUUUACUUAUGGCCUUAUACAGCUCAUUGAGUGCAAUCUUAAUGCCAGCAUUGGUUUGUGGUGGUAAAUAGACAGCUAUGAAAAAUAUAGAUGAAAACUCUCUUGUAAAUAGUGUGGUCUACAGCUUAUCAUAAGAUACUCUACCUCAGGCGAGCAAAACCUUGAGACUUCCUUAGUAUUUGAUUUUGUGCACCAGCUGUUGUUUACAAAUAUACACAGACCGCCACCCCUUGUCUUACCGGAGUCAGCCGUUCUAUCCUGCCGAUGUAACGUAUUUCCCAUCAGCUGUAUGUUGUCCAUGUCCUCGUUCAGCCACGACUCGGUGAAACAUAAGAUAUUACCGUUUUUAAUGUCCCGUUGGUAGGAUAACCGUAAUCUUAGGUCAUCUAAUUUAUUUUCAAAUGAUUGAACAUUGGCUAAUAGGAUUGAUGGAAGAGGCAGUUUACUCGCUCGCCGUCGGAUCCUUACAAGGCUCCCCGACCUACGUCCACGAUAUCUUUGUCUCUUUCUCCUGCGAAUGAUGGGGAUUUGGACCUUGUCGGGUGUCUGUAGGAUAUCCUUCGCGUCCGACUCGUUGAAUAAUUUUUUUUUGUUCAAUACGAGGUGAGUAAUCGUUGUCCUGAUAUCCAGAAGCUAUUUUUGGUUAUAAGAGACGUUGGCAGAAACAUUAUGUACAGAAUAAAUUACAAAUAACGCGAAAAAACAUACAUAAUAAUACAAUUGGUUGGAGGGCUGUAAAACGGCAGCCAUCUUCUCAGGCGCCAUCUCAUUAUCCGACAUUCGAUCAAACUCUUAAAUAUGGCAGGUAAAACAAGGUUUCCCUCAUGGAAAUCAACAACUAUCUCUCAGCCAUCAAUAUAUCACCACCCAAACAACUGUACUCGUUGAAAUGAUUUAUGUGUGUGUGUGUUGCAUCAGGGGCAGUGAGGUGGAGGAGCUGUGCAGAGGCAGUCUGGAAGCAGUGUCCUCUCUCUACCCUGCUCUACGGAACCUCCAGGGGAUCAGUGAGCUGGAGAGCGUCCGACAACUCUUCUCCAAGUAUGACCUUCCUUCCCAGCAUUUCAACAUUGCUCAUUUCAAAUAUCUAUACAGUAUAAAAAGUGUAUUUUAAACAAAAUGCUACAUUUGAUUCGUGACCCACUGUAUGUGUUCCAUACCUCAACACAAUGCACAUCCACCAACUUGGGGAUUUGUUUUAUUUUUUAUAAAUGUUUUAUUUGCACACAAGAAGAAAAUGCAAAACAAUAUGAUGAAAAGGUAAACAAAAAGAACAUGUGCAGGAGGAGGUAAGAAACCCAGAGGGGCUUGUAGGCUCCUCCCCCUUUCAAUGAUUAUAAAACAAAACCAUACAAAAAACACAUCAGAUUUGUAGAGAGUGCAGGGUUUUGAUACUUCAAACUUUUAGCUAAUACAAGUCAUGUAACAUGUAUAUUUCCCCCGGCCUGUGGCAGGCCCCUGACCGACGUAGGCCUGGCCGAGGUGUGUUCCCAUUGGCAGCAGCACUCCCAGCUGCUGGUGGACAGUGACUUUGGGCUGGUGGAGCCCAUCCUGGCCCUGCGCUCCGUGGCCCAGGAGACCCUCAUCUACCAGGAGAGAGACCCUGAAAAGAGGAAGUACCUCAGCACUGUCCUCACCUCCCACCUCAUGGAGCUCUGCCAGCUCCAUGAUUCAGAGGAGAACAGGGUGAAAGUGUUGUGGUCAGAUGAAACCAAAAUCGAGCUCUUUGGCAUCAACUCAACUCGCCGUGUUUGGAGGAGGAGGAAUGCUGCCUAUGACCCCAAGAACACCAUCCCCACCGUCAAACAUGGAGGUGGAAACAUUAUGCUUUGGGGGUGUUUUUCUGCUAAGGGGACAGGACAACUUCACUGCAUCAAAGGGACGAUGGACGGGGCCAUGUACCGUCAAAUCUUGGGUGAGUACCUCCGUCCCUCAGCCAGGGCAUUGAAAAUGGGUUGUGGAUGGGUAUUCCAGCAUGACAAUGACCCAAAACACACGGCCAAGGCAACAAAGGAGUGGCUUAAGAAGAAGCACAUUAAGGUCCUGGAGUGGCCUAGCCAGUCUCCAGACCUUAAUCCCAUAGAAAAUCUGUGGAGGGAGCUGAAGGUUCGAGUUGCCAAACGUCAGGCUCAAAACCUUAAUGACUUGGAGAAGAUCUGCAAAGAGGAGUGGAACAAAAUCCCAACAAGGGUACCUCGUUUGAACCCGCUGAGUAAUUUAAUUGCCUAUUCUAGUGCAUUAAAUGUAGUUAUUACAUUGUAGCAGAAGAGUGGUCAAACUGUUUAAUUAAUUUAACUUGACCUUUUAAUCUUGUUUACUGUAUGUCUUCUACACAGUACCAAGAGUCAGGUCCCUACAUCCCUAACAAGGGUUUCCAUGAGGGUAAGGGGACUCGGGGGAGGCCCCCUCCACUCAACCCCUCUGCGGAGGAACUACCCCAGUUUGUACAAAAACUGGGCCCUGCACCUCCCCCUGGUAGCGCUGCCUCUAUACCUGACUGCAAAGGUGUCUACCUCCCUUUUCUGACAGUUGUUACAUGCAUACAUUUUGCCCUCUUCCUGUCAGACUAAUGUAAUAUUGUAAUUAAGCAACAAAAAUGUUUUGUGUUUAAAACCUUUUUAGUAGUACAAAUGAGUAUACCUUUGAUGUUUAUGUUAAAGAAGAAUGUAGAAGAAUUCAUCCAUCAAGUACAUAGGGACCACUGUCAUCAGUGUGCUCCUUCUCAUAUUGGUUGCUGGGAUCUUGCUUGGAUACUACUGUAAGUGUUAGUGUGUUUCCCUCUUAUCAUUCGGCAUCUAUCCUAAAACAUAGGUGCACUUCAUUCACUUCAAAUUGAUGAAUAAAACGUAUUCCCUUCCGACCAUCCUUAUCCUCACCCUCCAGUGUCCUCCAGAUGUGCGCGUGGGGUGGCAUGUGGCGAUGGUCGCUGUGUCAGCCAGUCUCAGUGGUGUGAUGGGGUAAGAGACGGUCCAGCAGCGCAGGAUGAAGCUCAGUGUUCCAAGUAUCCAUUUUACAUUACAUUUUGGUAAUUUAGCAGAUGUUCUAAUCCAGAACAAUUUACAGUCAGUGCAUUAAACUUAAGGUAGUAAAACAACCACAAAUCAGUCAUUGUAAGAAAGUUUUCUCAAUAAAGCAGCUAUCAGCAAAAUCAUUGCUAAUCAGAAAAGACAAGCUCAAAUGUUAGUGCAAGAAAGGCAAGUACAACAGUAAGUGUUAGGUUAUUUUAUUUUAUUUAUAUUAGGGGGUUGCUAGGGGGUUCAAACAAGGUACUCUUUGAAGAUAGGUUUUCUGACGCUUUACCUUUACCCAUUCAGACCUCUGGUCAUCUGCCCUGACAAAGACCUAGCUGGCAGAUUUUACUGUACAGGUACUGUGUCUCUUAUGUUGGUUUUUGCUCUUUUACUAAACAUUGUGUGUUGUGCUAUUUGUUUUUCUACAGUGAGGCUAUGUGGCUCCAGUUUUCUUCUGCACGCCUAUUCGUCUACCAGUGGAUCGUGGAGGACAGUGUGCUCAGAUGGAUUGGCUGAUCACCAUGGGAAGGCAGCCUGUCAGCAUUUAGGAUACAGCAGGUGAGACAUACUGUAUCUAGAUUUCUUUACUACAUUUUUGUAUUGAUAUGAUCUUUAUGCCAAUAGUUUAUUGUAUUGAAAAUGGAAUCUUCCCUCUAUAUGCAUGGUGAGAUAGUCAAGCAAGCAUAGACAUGAAUGUAACACAGUGAGCAUGUGUUAUGGUCAUUUAUUUAAUUCAUCUUUGUUUGCUAUGGGUUCACAAAGACAGAUGUGUUAAAUCUGGCCAACAGAAGGCAAAUGCCAGUGGAUUCUUAAUGCUGAAGUCUGGGUUAAGGACUGACACACCCAUAAUGAGCCAAUCACAUUUCAUAUCAUACCAUUUCCCAAUGGUAUGAUAUAUUCAACUCUUGAAAACACUGUCUAACUGUAUUUUUGUGAUUUAUUUUACUCUCCUCAGUAAAACCUGUCCCAGUGUUAAGGGGGUAACCCUGAAGUGCAUA